CAAGGCUUGUCGUCGCGCGGCACAGUGGUUGCGAUAGAAUUUUCACUCUUCUAUCCAUUAAAUCUUAUUUUGUGACCGUGCUUCCGUUUCCGUUUUGCAGCCGAGACCGCGGGGCAGUGGUGCGAAGUGAAGUUCGACGGGGAAAAACCAUCCGUAGGCCGCUGCUGACCUGACGCCGUUUGUGCGCUCCGCGCCCAAAGUGUUUUGCUUUCGUGUGUGUGGCGUUGUUUGUUUAUGCGCGUGAAUCUCGUUGAUGCAUGGAAGCCCAGAAAAAGGCCGCAUUCAACAUGUACAACAAUUCCAACGGUGGUGUCGCGCACGGGGACACUGCAGUUGAGCCGAAGGAAGCGUCAGCUACCACCACCUCCCUCGGCAGCACCGCCGAGCUGCUGCCGGAGGAGACGGCAACGGUAGCGGCGGCCGGUGACACGGCGGAGCUCGAUGAUGCGGAGCGGCUUGCUGCGUCUGAUGCAGUUGCCAAGGAGGAUGCGAAGAUGAUUGCGGCAGCAGACAAGGAAGACGCGCUGAUUGAAGAGGAGGAAAAGGACGAUGCGUCGGUGCUCGUUACGGAAUCCGCUUCCGAGGAGAAUCCGACGGUCGAGAUUUUGGAGCAACCGAUCGAGGAGGUCGAAGAAGAGGAAGAAGCGGCUGCGGCAGAGGUUGUUGACAAGGAUGUAGAAGGUAGCAAAGCGGUGGAUACGGCGACGGAAGAGGAGGAUACUGCACUUGUCGAGGAGCUGGGUGUGGAUGAAAAGGGCACGGUGCAGCUGGUGGAGGUACUGGAACAAGAGGAAGAGGAGGUGGAAACGCUAGUGGAGGAAGAGAUCAUAGAGGAGCAUCUUGACGAGAGCAAGGUGGACAUGGUGCUUCCGGAUGACGCGAUAGUGGAAGAGGACGGCGAUGAGUUGAUCGACGAGGAGGAGGAAGUAGUAGAGGAAGAAGAGGUGCUAAAGGUGGUAUCGGACACUAAGGCGAAUGCCGCUGUCGAUGCCGUGCUGGAGCCAAAAGAAACGGCCGCGGUGGAGGAGUCUCCGAAAGCGGUCCGGGAAGAGCUGGAACUGUGCCGGGUGUGUAUGGGGACGGAGAAACUGUCGGACAUAUUUCAGCUGGAGGGUGCGAUGCGCAUCAGUGAUAUCAUCAUGAAAGUGUGCACCAACAUCCGCAUCACUGAGCGGGACCAUUUGCCUCACAAAAUUUGCGAACGGUGCCUCGGCCAGGUACGAAUCGUGAACGAGUUCAAAGGUCGCUGCGAGGCGUCCGAUAAGGAGCUGCGCAAGAACCUGAAGCGAAGCGCCAACAAAACACGCCGACGGACCGACGUCAUCGUAGUCAACUGUCCCAUCUCGGACUCGGACCACGAGGAUGAGCCAGCCGAUGAUGACGAGUACAAGGUGUCACAGUCGGAGGUGGAAUCGGAACCGGCUACGUCGGAUGACAGCUUUUCACCACCGCAGAAACGACGUCGGACGCCAGCUAAACGUGGCCGUAAGCCCGGAUCAUCGAUCUCCCCCGGUCGACGAGGGCGUCCGGGACGAAAACCGAAAAACAUGGCGGUCGCAACCGUCGCCGUCUCGCCCGCUACGUCCGUCGGUGUGAAACGUGGUCCCGGGCGGCCACCGAAAAAUCCGAAAACACCGCUCCUGUCAAACCUCGUGUACAUCGAGGCACCGGAAGACUCGAGCUCCGGUUCGGACGAUGGAGAUGUGAAGAAAGCGCGCCGAAAGCGUGGCAACCAUCCGUGUCACAAGUGCACCGAAGUGUUUCCGACCCAGAUGGCGCUGAAACAGCAUCUCAAGACGCAUCCGGACGACGUGUUUAACUGUGAUCGGUGUACGCUCCGGUUCAAAACGCAACAGGCGCUCAUCAAUCACAUCGAGCGGCACAAAAAGGCGGACCGGCUGCAGGAGGAGAAGCGCCGCGAGCGGGAACGACGCCAGCAGGAGCGACAGAAAGAGCGAAGGUCGGAUGCGGACUUGAACCUUUCUUCGGCAGGCAGCGUGGAGAAGCGCAAGAAAGUGGAAGCAGGACCGGCCAGCAGUGGUCGUGAUCUGUUCAAGUACGUCGCACCGCCAGCUUCCACCUACUGGAGUGAUAGCUUUUCGGACUAGAGUGACACCAAUGGAAUGGAAACCAACCAAUGGAAUAAUGUGUUUUAGGGCUUUCUGGGUAGUAACUUGAAGCAGUAGGUUAUCUUUAGAAUUCAGCUACACAGAAAAAUUUCGUCUGAAGAACCACCCUCUCAAGUCGCCAUCGGGAAUGUAGGGUCUAACCGUAGCCUGCAGUUAUGGUAGAAAAGCGUACGGUCUAACGGGAGGUAGGGGCGAGUUUCUAGUGCUACAGAAAACGCAAAAAGGGCAUUAUUUGUACAUUAUGGUGAACAAAUCAAAAUAUUGUAGAAUUCAUUUAGCACCGAUAAUUGCUGGAAAAAUCUUUAAACUUUAUUUCCAUAGUUCCCACACAGUGCACAGUUCGACAGCGCCUAGGGUUAUGCUGACCUGGGGUUUGCUUUUCUUUGCUUUGUUCUCUUUUAACACAAAUUGAAUGUGUUUACUCGUACUUUUCCUUUAAACUUAAUUUUGACCCUCAAUCACUCAAUAUUAUUUUCGUCAAUUGUUGGAGAAAAAAUUGCACAUUGCAGCGUUCGGAUGGUUAGGUUAUAAGAUGAUGUAAUUAGGGAAAAAGAAAGCAACGGGAAGCAACGGGCAACGCAUGCCAGGUUUAGCUGAUAAGUAAGAAGUAGAUAAUAUAGCAACCGGGACGCAAUAAGGAUGCCUCGACUGAGUGGUGCAAUGGCUUCGAUGUUUGUCCGAGAAAAGUAUGCAUGUGUGUGUAUGCGUGUUCUAACAAAACUUUUUAAUUAUUUCUUCUAACCGAAACAAGCACUGCCGGCCUUUAAACGACCGAGCAGCGAAUUGAAUAAUUAUUUCAAAAAUAAUUUAAAGCAACGCUAUAAGCUCCAUUGGCAGACACAGUAGGAUAAUUUAGUAGAUUUAAUGUUUCCUUUCGACUUUUCAUUUCACUAUUCUGCAUCAUAGCAACGGUACACUAAUGAAUAUAGUGGGCAUUUGAGCCGCCGUUCAAUCAAAUAUCAGUUUACUGGCCCCAGGAAGCAUUCUUUUCCUUAAGAUUUUUCAUCAACUAUCUCCAUUCACUCGCGAACGGAGAGCACUAACACGAUUGAAAUUGUACAUUAAGGUAAAAUUUCCUAUUUUUUAAGCAUACUAGUACAUAAAAACAAGCUGAGUCAUGUCGGCAAGUGCUUUUCGGUGAAGAUGCCCUUUCAUUUGAUUUGAUCUGUACAAUAAACGGCUUACAGCAACAACUGAACAACUCCCCUUGGU